UUUACAUAUAAUGGCCAAAUAAUUGGUUUAUUGCUAAAUAAUGUAGCCUAAGUUUGAACUAAUGGUGAGUGAACAGUAAAAGCUGCAUUAGGAAUGGUUUACAACUAUCAAAUCAAAAAACUAUUUUCACCUGGGAUGACAGGUGAAUAUAGUUACUGGGCUGGAUAGACCCUGAGCUAACAGACCAUUAUGAUUGUUUUUCUAAGAGCCAAUCAUUGUUGGAGGCCAGAUACUGCACAACAUCAAAUACAACAUAGAUGUCUUCAUUAGAAGACAUCUGUCUUCAUUAGAAGACAUCUAUGCUAGCCCUGUCUAGCCACACAGGUAUUUUCAUUUUUUCUGGCUGAUGGAGGUUCAUGUUGGGUGAAACUAUGCUGGGAAGUGAAGUCACCAAAAUGUCCCAAUAGACUUUUUUUUUCACUUAGAACAUUUUGAGAUGACUCACUCUAACAUUUCCUGAUUAAUGAUGGCUGCAUUCCAUUUAGCUACAUCAGUUUCAGGGCCCUGGUAUUGUGCCUGCUGGCUCACUGUCCCACUGUCAUGGUUUACUAGGACACUUGAAUACAAUUGAUUGAGCACCUGUGAAAGGCCUGUAGCUGACACUUGUCAUUCACAACAAGUAUAACAAGUAUAACAAAGGUUUACAGGAGUGUGACGGACAAGUAAAUCAGUCUGUACACACUCACACUGAGAGGAGGUCUAAUCAAGCCUCAUAAGUGAAAACACCUGUGUUAGUAGACCAUAGGUGUACAGUGCUUAUGUAAGGCUAACCUUUAGGCCUUAAAUGAGUCUUUUAUCUCUUUUGUGAAGGUGCCAAACUUGAUUCACACCAGUGUAAGAGCAAAGUCAAAACUAGUAUCAUAAUGUAGAUUUGUGCAACUAGCCCCAGAUGUUAAGGGAUGUGUCCCAAAAGUAGGCCAGAAGACAGUUUAAAUGCUAUUUAAAGGCUAAAUUUGUAGGGUGCAGUGGAUGCUGCCACUCAGCAUAAAACAUUUAUAGUUUGUUUAAGUCAUUGUUGCACUGCUAAACAGAGCGCGAAGCUAUUUUGAGACGCUCCCUAGUGCAAACACAGAUGGGUUCCGUAUGAUUUAAAGCUGGAUGUGUACAUUUUUUAUCUGUGCACCCACAUUAAACUGUUUUAGUUUAUCAAGUUCUUCAGAUAACCUCGUAGUUUUGGCAAGUCACAUCGAAUUUCAAAUGUAUUUUUAUAUUCUGCAGUAUUUUGCACACCACUUGGCACAGUAGCCAUCUGUUGCAGGACAGUAGAGAGAAGAAAAACGAUAAAAGUAGUUAGUUAAACUAAGCAGAAGUGAUUGACUUACUGACGCCUGGCAGCCCUGGUGCACGCCUUCUCUUACUGCUCUGCAUUCAUGCAUGAGGAACCAAAAAAAGCUUGAUUGUCCAGUGAUUAUAAAGAACAACUGAUGAUAAUAUCACAUGGAGACGAUAUCUCAAUCUGCAAUAAUAUUAUGUGCAUCUGCUAAAUUAACACAGUCCAAUCUUGAGGGCUGAAGUGAUAUUUUUUAUGAUAUCUAUAUCACCGGUACAUAUAGGAGUAAUUGGCCUCAUAUAAACGUAAAAAUGUAUAUCAUCAUUACAGUGCAGAGGGAAGGUCUGAAACUAAAUAUUUAAUUAGGAUAAUAAACCUGUAAAAUCCCCAGCACAUAUCAGCCAGUUUUACUGUAACCCAGGGUUUAGAGGUGCUCCAUGACAAACAUGACCUAGUUUAAAUCUAACAUUCUAUUUACUCUAUUUGGAUGACAAACUACAGCUUGUUGUAAUUUAUUUUGCGGCCUGUAACCCACCUGUCCCACAACUGUGGAACACACUUCUUGGUUUUAAUGCAGAUUAACUUUACUGUAAUGCCGAAUUUCGUACUUAAAAAAUGCAAUUUAAAAAUACAAAGUCUUUUUUUCCUACAGCGAUGAUUGUAUUUAGACAUAAUGGUCCGCAACACACAGUGAACAUCGAGCCAUAUCAGCCUUCUCAGUGAGGAAUUCAUUUUUGGAAGUCAGUGUAUCCUGAGGGAUUUGGAGUAAAGUCAGCUUGAGGCCAAAAUUAACCUGCAGGCCAAAAGAUUCUUGGACAGAGAUCUUAUUUAAAGGAAUCUGUUUCUACUGCCAAAUAUGUAGAGCAAAAAAAAAAAAAGAUACAGUAUAUUACUACGUGAUUGAAGCUGUUGUGUCUGCUGCUGAAAAUAGUUUUUGUAAUCUAUUGAUGCACAUUUAAACUUUUGGCCAGAGUUGUUUGUGAAACCAUAAUGCUCAUUGCAUUACAUUUAAAUAUUGCAACUGUAAUCAUUUCAUUACCAGAGACAUCCACUACACAAAAACCUGAAAGUACUGUACAACCAGACCCAGAUACGGACAGGAAAUCACUUUAAGCAUGAGUACUCAGAGGUAGCCCUCAGUGACAAUGAAUGUAUCCAUAGAUAAUGCUUCAUCCUCCUACCUAAUAAAAAGAGUAUUAAGUCAAACUAAGAUCAAGUAAUGUCUUCAGGCUUUUGUCCUGAGAUGGUUCUUAAAAUGUAAUAUGUGGAGGCUUUGUGCCAUUACACUAAACUCGAGAGGUACAAUAUUUAAAACAUGGAUCAUACAAGUAUCAUACCUAUUUUAAAACUUUGUCCUCAUUUUUCCAGUGAGCUACACUGAACUAGAUGAAGUUAAUUCAGGUCUACAUAUUAAAUCUGACAGUGGUACACUGAGUUUUUAUUAACUCCCUUUUUAAUAUGUUUUUUUUUUUUUUAGCAUUUAUUCUUUAAUAAUUGUUUACAAAAGUGAUUGGAUGUCUUUGUUGUCCAUCACCCCAACUUCUCUUCUUCUUCUCUGUAUUGUCUAUUCAGCUGACUUUGGUACAUCCACAUAAACUGGUUAUAUUUUCAUUGAACUGAAGAAUACACUUGGGGCCGAGACUGCUGUUUUUAACCUGUGGGUGGUCACUCUUGCUGUCUUGAUUCUACUUGGAGCUGUUGUCUGCCUUACCAGUAAUUGUUCACUCUAACAUUUCCUGGUGACACCAGUGUUAACUGGAGCGAGCAGUCCGGUGUCUGCAAAGGCAAACACCACUCAAUCUGUUGACCAUAUCCACGUUUUUGAAGCUAGGUCACUCAGCCAUUGGAGGGCAAAUGUAUUCAAUUGGCUUCACACAAUUAGUGCAUGUCAACAAUGAAAUACGGUGAGCCAGGGACUCCUUUCCAUCCUUUCCAUGGUUACAGUGACGACCUGCAUGUAAAGAAACUUAAUGCCGACUACAAAAGCAAGUAUUUUUAUGCUCCAGGAGGGUCAUGCAAACCAAAUCCUUUGUGUAAUUCAUGCAAACCAAAUAAUAUAAAAAAAUAUUAGUUUUGCAUUUUUCAAGUAAAACAAUAAUGAUAUGUAAAAAUCUGCUUCUAGAUAUAUUGCAUAAUGAAACUAAAUAUCCAGAAACAAAGGCUGUUUUAGGUCCUAACAUUUAGAUGUAAGAUUGCCAUGGGAGAAAUUUUUUUUAAUUAUUUUUGUCGUGUCUGUGUGUGUAUUUGUCUGCAGCUAAUCUUGCAUACUUCUGGAUCCAUCAGCCUAAUAUAUUUUUAUGCACAUUUAUGACUGUAUGCUCAAGGACCUCUUGUGGUUGCAGUGAUUCAUAAAAAACCUGGUUUAUAACACCAUUCCUUACACACUGUACAUACCUGGCGGAGAUCUGCACUCUACUGAGUUCAGUCUUCUAGUUAAAUAUGUUAAUGAUUAUUUCUAACUAAUUUGAUGUAACAGAUUAUCUAAUUUAUCAUUAUGACAUAGCUUAAAAUGUCCACUCUGAUAUUUCUGAUCAAGCACACAGGACAGUUUCUCACAUUUUAUUUUCUAUUUCUCUCCUUGUAGUUCACACUGUAGUCUGUAUUUGUUCUCAUUCUGACUAAUUUAUUCAGGUCCAUUUUCUAGAUAAAUGUGUGUUUGUGUUUCAAGUCAAACAGCCAGCAUUAACAGUAUUGUCUCCAGUCUGUUCUUUCCCAUCAGCAUGCAGGACAGCCCCUGGAGCCAAGGUUUGGUGGGCGAUCGGCCAUGAUAUUUGGCAGCUUGGCUGGAUGGGCAAACUGAGAGAGAGCUGGCUGUUGUCAUGCAGUUGAGCCUCUGGUCUGUGGGUUGGACCGCGUUUCCAGGGGCCAGCUGCCACCUUCCCACUGAGGUCUUAAGCUGGUUUGAGCUGGUCUUGGCAGAAAUACACUCCACUGCAAACUCCAACCUUAUUUGUAAUUCGAAGGCAGUGUUUGAGGGAAAAAAAAUGUGACUUUUUUUUUCUAACUUGUAACUGAAGUUGCUGCGGAGAUGCCAGGCUUUUUGGUGGUGUACCACAGUGAGCUGUGUUAUUGAUUUUGUAAUGUCCAUGGGUCCAAUAGCUCAGAGAACAUUGAGCAAUACCUGUCUUCCAUUAGGAGGACUUAACCCCCCAGUGCUGUAGCUUGUCCACCCUUCAUUGACCAAUCAGCACCCAUGCUUUUAGCAGCACUCUUGUGGGCUGCACUGGGUAAACACAAGUGUCUGUCUCAAUGUUUGUUAACGCCAGUUGCCUAACCAUUUAUCAGUAGUCAGUAAGUAUCUGGGCAGCUGGGAUCUAUUUGGCCUCAGUAUGCUUUAAAAAUCACAAUGUCUAUCGUAAAGAUUCCUGUUCUUUUCUCCUCUCUGUCCUGCUGUGUGAUCCCAGGAUGGGAGCUUAUGGUGCAGUGUACAAUACUCCCCCAAAUCACAAGCAUGGACGUGAAACGUAUCCCACCCCACAUUCCCUGGGGUCCCCUCCUCCACUCUCGUCUCCCCACUCAGCUCAAGGGACGUCACUCCCCUGGCUGCGGCGGGACUGGAGGCUGAGUCUAGGGGCAAGGCAAGGGCAGACCCUAUGAAGAAACAGUGGGGACAGAGGGGAGGAGUAAAAAUACAGCACAGUUUACAUGCCAGCAUAGUGAAUUUGUGUGGAGCACAGUGCUAAAGUGUAGUUUUGAGGCUGCAGUUCAUGGGAUCAGUAAUUUGACUUUUACCUGUGCUUCAUGUGCAGCUGAUCUCCCUGCAGAAGCAAGCUGGAAGAAACACACAGACACCUCUAACAGGCUUCUGGUUUCUUUAACUGAACUUGGAGCUGUCAUAUCCACAAAGUGUCAUUCUAACAGCAGGUGUCAACAUGCUGGAGCAGGUUCUGUCAUUUGGUCGCUCCCUGGUGCGCAGGAAAGUGGUUGACCUGAGCAGCCUGGAGGAUUCAAAGCUCUGCCGCUGCCUGGGAACCGUCGACCUCAUUGCCCUGGGAGUGGGCAGUACUCUGGGCGCCGGCGUCUACGUCCUGGCUGGAGAAGUGGCCAAGGGAGACUCGGGCCCCAGUAUCGUCAUCUCCUUCCUAAUCGCUGCCCUGGCCUCUGUCAUGGCCGGCCUGUGUUAUGCAGAGUUUGGCGCACGUGUCCCCAAGACUGGUUCUGCUUACCUUUACAGUUACGUGACUGUAGGGGAGGUCUGGGCCUUCAUCACUGGUUGGAACCUAAUUCUCUCCUAUGUGAUUGGUACCUCCUCAGUUGCUCGGGCCUGGAGUGGCACAUUUGAUGAAAUGAUAGGAGGACACAUAGAGAUAUUCUGUAAAACCUACUUCAGUAUGAACUCACCUGGUUUGGCUCAAUACCCCGACUUCUUUGCCGUGUGUCUGAUACUGCUGCUCUCUGGACUCUUGUCAUUUGGGGUGAAGGAGUCGGCCUGGGUCAAUAAAGUCUUCACUUCAGUCAAUGUGCUCGUGCUUCUGUUCGUCAUCAUUUCUGGCUUCGUCAAAGGAGACACACACAACUGGAAGAUAACUGAAGAAUCUCUUAUAAAUGUCACAAUAGUUAGAAGGAACUUAUCAGUGACGGCCAAUGUGAGCAGUGAUUAUGGAGUCGGAGGAUUUAUGCCAUACGGCUUCAGCGGGACGUUAGCUGGAGCUGCCACCUGCUUCUACGCUUUUGUGGGGUUUGACUGCAUUGCAACAACAGGUGAGGAGGUGAGGAACCCUCAGAGGGCCAUUCCCAUCGGCAUUGUGGUGUCACUGACCGUGUGUUUCCUGGCGUAUUUUGGCGUGUCGGCUGCACUCACCCUCAUGAUGCCCUACUACCUGCUGGAUGAGAAGAGCCCGUUGCCCAUGGCUUUUGAAUAUGUGGGCUGGAGUCCUGCCAAAUAUGUGGUCGCUGUAGGUUCACUGUGUGCCCUCUCUACCAGUCUGCUGGGCUCCAUUUUCCCUAUGCCUCGUGUAAUCUAUGCUAUGGCAGAGGAUGGGGUGCUUUUCAAAGUCUUAGCCCGAAUCAAUCCUAAGACGAAGACCCCACUUAUUGCCACUAUGACCUCCGGUGUAGUAGCAGCCAUCAUGGCUUUCCUGUUUGACCUCAAAGCGCUGGUUGACAUGAUGUCUAUUGGAACUCUGCUGGCCUACUCGCUGGUUGCUGUGUGUGUACUGAUUCUUAGGUAUCAGCCAGAUGGAUCUCUGGAACGGCGGGCAGGUACCAGUGAAAAGGACUACCUGUCCUCUGAGGAGGGCGAGUCCGACCUGACAGAGUCAGAAUCCCACCUCAACAUGCUGAAAGGUGGAAACUCCACCCUGCAGACUGUCCUGCACCCACCUGUCUCACCCUCUGAGCAUUCCUCCAGUGUGGUCAACAUGUCUAUCUGUGUGCUAGUGUUGUUGGUGUGCGUAGCCAGCUAUCUCACCACAUACCAUAACAACUCCAUCAUUGGCAUGGAAGUGUGGAUCCUGGCAUCGCUGGCUGUGUGUCUCCUCCUCUUCGGUGGCUGCGUCUACAUGAUCUGCAGGCAGCCGCAGACCAGCAAGAAGGUCUCCUUUAUGGUCCCCUUUCUGCCUUUUCUGCCCAUUCUGAGCAUUUUUGUCAAUAUUUACCUCAUGGUUCAGCUGAGUGGAGAUACCUGGGUGCGUUUCUCCGUGUGGAUGGCUGUAGGCUUCCUGAUCUACUUUGGCUAUGGCAUGUGGCACAGUGUGGAGCGCCAGCGCCAACUCCAGGGUCUUCGAAACAGCGGCAGCAGCAGCACGCAGGAACAGAAGACCAGCAGUGAGAAGCAGGUUGGCAUGGGCGCAGUAGGAAAGGACCAGGAGCGUUUCAUCUGCCCAGAGAAAACCAGUCAGUGUUAAAGUUUUCCAGCUCAUUUGUAGACUCUGUGAGGCCACCUGGUGACACAGCAGCCCGCGUAAACGCACACAGCAGCUAUGCCUCAAUGCACCUGUAUAUACAGCUUCACCAUGUGUGCCUCAGUCACAAGUGCAUUCAGUCUGCACCGUCAGUAUUCUGUAACAGCGGUCACAUGAUGAGGCGCCGCUGUCUUCUGAUCUCUAUCACUGUGAUGGGACCACAUCCUGUAGGUCACAUUGUGCUUCAUGGACAGCAUGGAGGCAGAAUUGAAAGGACAGGUUACACACUGGAGAGUGAUGUUCAUUUCCUUAAACACUCAAGCAGUCGAUGCAAGAUUGCAACAAAGCUUUUCUGUUUCAUUAUGGACAUAUGUUUUUAGUUUUUCACUCUAAGCAGGUUUGUACAGGUGAAUUUUUAAAUGUAAAGUCUGUAAAAUCUGUGCUUUCCAUUUAGGUUAUUUGAUACACCAAUGAUGUGCUAGUUUAAAGAACAUUAGUUUGUGGGAAAAGCACUUGUUUUUUGAAGUGUACGAAACUGAAAAAGGACCAACAUUAAGUUUAAGAUGUGUUAAAUGUAUUUUGUGCAUAAUUGUUUCAUAUGCAUACAUGUGUGAUAGCUGUACAAAAAAGAUCAUAAAGACAACGCCGCAUUCAGACUCAUCUACAGUUUGUCAGAUGUUUCCGAAGGCACUUACAUGUCGUGACUUGACUCAAUUUGUAUGUCAGAGACCUCAAAGUAGGGCAAGUGCUAGUGGAAAAUUUCCAGGCUUCUGUUAGUGUUGCAUAACAAUUCAUAGUCAUUGUCUCUGCAGCUGUUAGUAAGGGUCUCAUUCAGCACAGAUUAGCUUUUUUUUUUACUCUCUCUUGGAUGUUUAGGAUUUUAUCUAUGAACUGUUACAAUCUGAAUAUGGAUUUUGUUAUUUGAUAGAGAACUCUACUCAUUAAGUAGUUUCUUUUGUCACUCUAUCAGAUUAUGACUUAUGAGGCUGUAUUUUCCUGUUUGUCUCUCAUUUUGUGCUAUUUUGACACAGACAUGUUGUUUAUAUUACUGUUAUGAAAUUAUUCUCUCUUUAACAGACUACUUUGCCACCUAACAAAAUGCACAAUAAUCAAUUUUAAAGUAUUUUAAAGGUCUGUCUUGCCACAUAAUUUAGAUAAACUGAUAAUUUUCCAGAUUUCUUCUCUUGUUCUUGGUGUUUAUGUUCAGUACUUUAAAGUCUGUGUUGCUUCAUGAGGUUUGAAGAGACUUCACUGGGCUGAACUGCAUGAAGAUUCAGAGCUUACAUUCUUUCCUCUGGCCUUUUAGCGGUGUGUCUCUCUCUUGUGCUAUGAAUUGUAAGGCUCAGUGAGCUCUAGUUUACAGUAGAAACGUGUUUUUAUUUUUUGAUCUUUCACCUGUACUGUACUGAGGCUAUAGGAAGUUGCUAAUUGAUCUAUCAGGUUGACUGAUUAAGACCUUCCUAAGUGCAGUGGUGUAAAUAAAUGUGGAACAAAUUGAGAAUAAUAGUCUUAGCAAAAGUUUGGUAGGUAGAUAUUCCACUAGAUUGAACCUCUACAUCAACAGUGUAGAUUCUUCCAGUGAUGUUACAGGAUAAAGUACACACAAGAAAAGUAACCAUGAAGUAGUAUCACUUGUUACUGACUG